UCCUCUCCCCGUCUGGCCCCGCCCCCUCCAGUACCUCCACUCCCCGAUACCGAGGAAGGCAGUGGUGGGGGCGAGCGUUUGCUUUCGCUUUUCCUUCCCUGUGCGCACUCCGGUUCUCGUGCGGCGCUAGGCCCCCCGCCCCGGCAAUGGCCACGCUCAGGGUCCAGCCUGAAGCCCAAGCGAAGGUGGAUGUGUUCCGUGAAGACCUGUGUACCAAGACAGAAAACCUGCUGGGGAGCUACUUCCCCAAGAAGAUUUCUGAGUUGGAUGCAUUUUUAAAGGAGCCAGCUCUCAAUGAAGCCAACCUGAGCAAUCUGAAGGCCCCAUUGGACAUCCCAGUGCCUGAUCCAGUCAAGGAGAAAGAGAAAGAGGAGCGGAAGAAGCAGCAGGAGAAGGAAGACAAAAAUGGAAAGAAGAAAGAGGAAGAUGAAGACAAAGGUCCUCCCUGUGGCCCAGUGAACUGCAAUGAGAAGAUUGUAGUCCUCCUUCAGCGUCUAAAGCCUGAGAUCAAGGAUGUCAUUGAGCAGCUCAACCUGGUCACCACCUGGUUACAGCUUCAGAUACCUCGAAUUGAAGAUGGGAACAAUUUUGGAGUGGCUGUACAGGAGAAGGUGUUUGAGCUGAUGACUGCCCUUCACACGAAGCUGGAAGGCUUCCACACGCAAAUCUCCAAGUAUUUCUCUGAGCGGGGCGAUGCUGUGACCAAAGCAGCCAAGCAGCCCCAUGUGGGUGAUUAUCGACAGCUGGUGCAUGAGCUGGAUGAGGCAGAGUACCGGGACAUCAGGUUGAUGGUCAUGGAGAUCCGCAAUGCUUAUGCUGUGUUAUAUGACAUCAUCCUGAAGAACUUCGAGAAGCUCAAGAAGCCGAGGGGAGAAACAAAAGGAAUGAUUUAUUGAGAGCCUCUUCUCAUCCUGUAAUGGGUCCAGCAGAGACCUUCCUAUCUUUUACACAGGACUCCAGACUUUCCCCACCUUCAGCCUGUUGAGGUUUCUCCCUCCCCUGCCUCCCAGGCCCAAUAAAUAGUCAUACCAUUGCCCUUCA